AUGAAGCUCGAUUCAAUCUCAUUUGGCGUUCUAUCCUUGUUCGCUACGUUGGUCGCGGCGAGCAUCCCUUUGGCGGAGGACAAAUCGACAAACACACCAAGCCAGGCAAUUCUCGAGCCUGAAGGUCACAGUACUAGCGACUCAGCAUCAACUGAGAGUGAGCAGACACUCGUCUCGUAUUUUCCAUGGACGCACAACCCCGUCUGCGGAACACAACACGACGAAUUCGGCCAUCCAUUCUGCGUUUACACAAAUGCGUCGUUCAGCAACGGGAGAGGAAUAUCCAUUCUGACCACGUCUGCCGUGGCCGAGAAAUUCGCAGCUCUCCCACCAUUCCAGAAUUCGACUGCGCUCUCCUCUCAUGGCAUCAACACCGUCGACACAGAGACGAAAGACAGGCCGUGGUACACGGCUUCCAUCCCGGGAAAAGGGGUGGGCAUGCGUGCAUCUCGGCCACUUCAGCGUGGCGACUUGAUCACGGCGUACACUCCAGUCGUGCUUGCGCACAUAGGAGAUCAGAUGUUUACCGAAGAACGGGAGAAGUUGCUGCGGUUGGCUGUUGAGCAGCUCCCGGCGGCAAGCAGAGAUGCGUAUCUGGACCUGGCGAAGAUUUACGACGAGGCCGAUGUUGUGGCUCAGGACGUGCUCAAGGCCAAUGGCUUUGACAUGGAGAUUGGUGGCUUGAAGCACGGUGCGGUGUUUCCAGAAGCUUCACGUUAUAACCAUGCGUGUGCGCCGAACGCACAGUACUUCUUCGCUGCCGACUUACUAACACACUAUGUGCACGCCGUGCGACCCAUCGAGAAGGACGAGGAAAUCACCAUCUCGUACGCACCACCCCUCCGCUUGCACGCCGAACGACAGGAAUACUUCCAAUCGGUAUUCCACUUCACGUGCACGUGUCCACGCUGCUCGCCAGAGACACACAACCACGACCGCACCGUCGCAGACGCAGAUCAGGCAACGCAAAGCAUCGCCGCUUUGCAGUGGGAGCUUUCGCAGUGGACGCCGGACUCGAUGGCGAGCGUCAAGAAGGCCGAGGCGCUCUUGAAGUUGUAUGAAGCCGAGGGUUUGGAGGGCUUCAUGGAUCUCGCGUACGGACAUGCCGCUCUCACGUAUAAUGGUGUGGGCAGCAUGAGGGGAGCGAAGAAAUACGCCGAUCUGGCAGUCGAGGCGACGUGGUUGAAAUAUGGGUUUGAUGACAAGGGGAGGAAGAAGGUCGAAGAGUGGCAGGAAUUUGCCAAUGAUCCGAAGGGCCAUGCUACAUGGAGAGCGAGGAAGACGUACUAG